AUGCAGGGAGCUGGGGGUCUUGGUACCCGCUUGAGUGGCGGUGUCAAGAAGCGCAAGGCUGUUGGCGGCCGACUGAUCCCGAAAGCGCGCAAGGAUGGCGCUUCUGAGCACGUCGAUGACAACGAUGAUGUCGACGAUGUUGCGGGCAACACCGGCAUUGACAACGCCUCUGCUGCCGCAGCUGACCCGUCUAGCGGUGCUGGUGAUGCCGCUCCCUUGGGGGUCCAAGUCCAUGCUGACGACUUCAGUGAUGAGGAGCAUGAUGAGGAAGAGGAACGCACGAAGCUGCAGACGGAAAAGCAAGUUUUAACCGUAACGCUCAUCUCCUGUGCCGCAGGGGACGGGCGACAGGACACGCUGAACAACAUCACCGAGCGUGAUGGGGCGUCGCUUCCCUCUCAAAGUCCUGCUGGGAGCCCAAUGGAGGGUGUUGCCGCGGCAUCUGACCAGGCUGCUAACGGGCGGCUUGCUGAGUUGGAGCGAACCACACAGCAGCAGUCACUGCUGAUUUCGUCGCUUUUGUUGCAACUUAACAACGGGUCCUGCUCCCUGGAGAGGGGUGCGAUGGGUCCUGCCUCGGGCAAGGCUGCCGCGCUGGUAGCAGUCAUGACGUACUGCGUGGCGCGGGCAGGCGCUUCAACGCGCAAGCAGAGUGAUUGGCGUGCGCGGAUCUCGAUGAAUGGGCGCCGGAAUUUUGCUGACGCUUUUGGGCUCCCUUGCGAGGCGAAUCCCCGCCUGAAAUUCGACUACAGCGAGCUAGUUUGUGACGAGGAGCGCACACCGACCCAAGUGUACAACUUGGAGAGCGAGGGUGGUAUACCACUGGUCAAGCCUCUUGAAAAGGGAGGGCUUCUUCGCUGGCACUUUGCUGAAGACACGAUGCGCCCGUUUGGCACUGCGCUCUUCGACAUCAUCGUCCGCAACGCAUUUCAGAAGGGUGCUGGCGGGUCGGCUACGGUGGUGAAGGCGUACCACAUCGCCUAUCUGCUGUAUCUGGUUGAAUAUUCAGUGGUGCACCACAAGGCUCGUGGCAAACGCAUUCCUACGGAUGCGGAUGUGAAUGCAGCUGACAUUGCCAGCUACCACCGCAAGGUGAAGGCGGCCAUUCGCAAGACCCUCGAAGAGUCCCCGGAUGACCAGCUUCCUGCAUGGUCGGAGCAGUAUCAGGGGUGGGUGUUUGGACCCACUGAGACCGUGGUGAUCUCGGGCAGCGGCUUCCCCGACCUCGUUCCCGAUGGGGCUGACCCCGAUGCCGCCGAGAAGAAGGCGGUUGCUCUCCUGUUCGAGUAUGCCCAGGUGGAGCCCGAGAAAGGCAAGAAGAAGAAGACGGGUUCCAACAACAGUGAUGCCACCAUGGAGCGUGAUCUCCUGGAUGAUGUGGGUGAGUGGGAGGAUGCGGAGGAUAGUGUGUAG